ACAUUUCCUGUUUGUAACCGAAAACGUCUAGAGUCGAUAAAAAUAGCAGCAAAACUGAUGCACUUCUCACUGAACAUGCUCGCGUACAGGUAAAAGGUUUUAUCAGAGAAGGCUUUAUUGGACAUUUGACCCCAUUAAACCAGAAUGACAGAUUGCACAAGUCAGUAUGUUGCUAUUGCUCUGACAUCGAUUGCACUGCUGAUUUCUGUUUGCUUAAACGUUGCAUUCUGUUUACUAAGAAGAAAGGAAAAGAAAUAUGGAGCAAAUGAAAACAGUUUUGAAUAUGGAGAUGAACCAUUACGUCAAGAUUCACUUCGGUCUUACAGAUUUGAGGACGACGAGAUGGAACGACAGGAAAAUCCGAUUUAUGGAAAUAUAUGUUUAGAUGGAGGAGGACCUUUUGAAAUGUCUCAGGAGGUGUGCUAUGAACAAAUGUCACAUGCAAGCACAGCCAAGCAAGGAUUAAAGGUCCAGCAGGGGGACGUGUCCUAUGCUUCUCUGGACCUGACCGCCAAUAAAAAGCGCAGGAAGAAGAGAAAGUACCAAAAACAGGCUCAGACUCACCAGGCCCAGACACAUCCUCAACCUACAUCCCAGCAGAACUGCAUAGACCAUGAUGACGAGGCUGAUAUCACCCUCCCGUCCCGGAGCAGCAGCCUCAUGGUUUCACGUCACAGCAUCUACCUCAACAGUCACCAAGUAGCUCUGGAGGCAGAAGAGAGAGAGAGGGAGAGGGAGAGAGAAAGAGAGAUGGAGAGGGAGAGAGAAAGAGAGAUGGAAAUGGAAAUGGAAAUGGAAAUGGAAAGAGAAAUAGACGAUAAUCGAGAGAGAGAGUUUGAGAUGCACAGAAAUGUGCAUGACGGCUUUGAUCAUUCCCUCGGUAGAUCAAGACAAAGUCUAGAACAGGACAGUUAACAGUUAGAGUUAAAAAACAUUAAAAAAACACCCACCUUUAGCGACUUAAAAGAAAAAACACAGGAUACCGUGGGGUGGUGCUGUCAACAGCUGUGAUAUUUAAAGCUCGUCGCUAACACAAAUCAUAAUCUCUAUGCGUUUACAAGCAUGCAGAGGAGACCAGUUAUAUCUGUUCUGGGGUUGCGUCCAAUCGAGACACAUCUGAAUGAUUUUAUAAAUAAAUGUGCUCUUUUGUUUCUUGCAUUUGAAGGUUGGUUUGUUUGUACUUAAGAAGAAUAUAUUAAAUUAUAUUUAUCUGCUUGAUUUUAUGCUGUUUUUUAGAUUUUCAGGAUAACAUAUAGGCUAUAAUUGCAUAUUUGUGCAAAUAAGUCAUGUAAUGAACCCAUGCACAGAAAAAUAAGGACAGUUUAAUAGCUAUUAUUCGGAGUUGUUGUAAUAUUUCUGUGACUUUGUCUUGAUAUUAAAUGUAUUGGUGACUCUA